AUUAUUUCUUCUACAUUUCAGAUUCAUGAGACAAUCGAAUCUAUAAACCAGCUAAAGAUACAACGUGAUUUCAUGCUGAGUUUCUCCAAAGAUCCCAAAGGAUACAUUCAAGACCUUCUCCGAUCCCAGAGCAGGGAUCUCAAGGUAAUGACUGAUGUGGUUGGGAACCCUGAGGAAGAACGUAGAGCUGAAUUUUAUCAUGAGCCCUGGUCCCAGGAGGCUGUGAGCAGAUAUUUUUACUGCAAGAUCCAACAGCGCCGUCAGGAAUUGGAACAGUCCCUGGGAGUGCGUAACACAUAAACAUUAUUCACAGUCUCCCAUUGGCAUCAUGAAACUAGAGCCAGUGGAUGUCUCAGUGUUACUUAGCUCACUGUUACACAUGGACUUCUUAAUGACUGGACAAGAAUGUGCCAUCAGCAACACCAGUCACAACACCAGCUUUAGUGUGACCCCUGAAAAUCCUGCGAAUGUGAGUGUCUCGAACCAUUCCAGGCUGGAGAAUGCACAAGUUUUCUAUUCCCCAUAUAGGUGUUCAUAAUAAUGAGGAUUUAAUGUUCAUUCAUCUACUUGCAUCACUGAGUUUUAGUAGAAAGUUUAGACACUACACCACAAACUUAUUGGACUACAACAUAUAUUCAUGGGUGGGGUGAUGCUAGAUGUCACAGGAGACUGUAGAUGUGGAGAAACAAAGGCAGUUCUCAUCCUUCAUGCUUUCAGCUGUGAUCUGAGAGUCUCAGAUGACAACUUUCUGCACUGAUAAUUCCCUGAAAUUGGCCAAAAUGCUCUCCCAGCUGUGGAAUCAUUCAGAUACACAAACACAGCUUCCAUUCCAGCUGGAACUGGCUGCUCAUUCCCAUGGGAGAGAAAGAUGUUUGCCCAUUAAAUAACAAAACAUCUAAAAGAAAGAGGUACAGCCAUGCCAUUUGUUCUGAAAAACCUUAUCCUCUUGAGUAAAAGAUGAAGUCCGCUUCACACUCAAGUCAAGAACUCAUCAGAUUUGCUGUUAUGAGAGGAAAAUAAUUGCUUCUAUGAUAAGAAAGCCAGCACUGGCAUCACAGAAGCUAGUAGUGGUGAGGUUGAAGCCAAAAGGAAGCAUUCUUGGAAAGUGAAACUAAUUUUUUGUAUUACUGCAUUAGUUACAGUUGGUAUUACUGGAAGGCUACAGUGUAAGGUGUCUGGUUUUGUAAUCUUUUGUUGUUCUGGCUGUAACAUUAGGAACACUGCUCAAAAGAUUUUUCUUCCUAAACACUGAAGUGCUGCAGAGUCCAAGAUGUGCAACUUCAUAGCAUGAAAGACCAUUCCAGUGACUUCUUUUCUGUGUCAGGGCUUUCACAAACUCCAUGGGUGAACCCUGUAUUUCAACCACAGAUUUACUACCUAUACCAGAAGAAACGUUUAGCUCCUUCAUUUGAUCUGCAGCUGUACUUCAGGAUGCUACUGAGUUACAAGCAUUAUUUGCCCCAGGCAAGUUCCAGCAACAGAGGUUGAGAAUUUUUAGGAAAAAAACAGCUUCUCUUGAGACAUAUGGGAGAUCCAGACUGUGAAAAUUAGAACAUAUUAAACAGCUAGGAAGGAGGAAGCAGUGACACAUGCCUACCCUAUCCAGCCACAAAUCUAUGUAGCACUGUAAUAAUAAACCAACAUGAUUCCCAGCCCAAAAAGCAGUUGCCAAAGUUGAAUGAAUGACAUAUUGAUUACUGAGAGAUCAAACUCCUCUCCUGGAAUAGUGCUCCUUGCUUCCUUUUCUACCUUCUCAUGCAAAGAAAAAUAAGUUCAGGUUUGUAUUUCACUCUUCUUCCCAACAGUGUAGUUUGUUUUAAUAUUGCUAUCUCCUCCCUGUCAUCUUUGCAGGUCUUCCCUGUUGGGUAUUGUCCUCUUCUGGUAUACUCCUGAGUUUCUUUUGUCCAGUUCUGGAAAGGGACAUUCAUUCUCUUCAUUUAACCUCUGCUUUUGUAUACCAUAGCUUUCACUCUGACCAUUGUGUUCAGAGAUCUGUUUGGGCAUUUGAAUUCAGAUUGUGAUGAUGUGAUAGUCAGUACUCUAUUAUAAAUUAAUUUGGUGUGAGAUGGAUCCCUGCUUUGUCCUAAACAGUAAGACCUUUUAUUGUGAAUGAGGGAGCUUGCUUCUUAGUGCUUG